UAUAGUUCCUGCAUCUGUGACGUAAUGAACGAAGCGCUCGCGCUCGCGCUCGGCUCAGAUCGGCGCAGCUCUGAACUGUCCCGAGCAACAUGCAGGAUGGCGAGUGUGGAGGCAGCCGCCGAACACGAACGGAUUCUGCGGGAAAUUGAGAGCACAGACACGAACUGCAUCGGACCGACCCUCCGGUCGGUGUACGACGGUCAGGAACAUGGCCUCUUCAUGGAGAAGCUGGACGCUCGGAUCAGGAACCACGACAGAGACAUCGAGAGGAUGUGCAACCACCACUUCCAGGGCUUCGUGGACUCCAUCACGGAGCUGCUCAAAGUGCGAGGGGAGGCGCAGAAGCUGAAGAGUCAGGUGACCGAAACCAACCAGCGCCUGCAGGAUGACGGCAAACAGCUCAUGGCCUCCAUGGAGGAGCUGAAGCAGUGCCGCGUGCAGCAGAGGAACAUCGCCACCACCAUAGACAAGCUGACACACUGCCUUCCCGUCCUGGAGAUGUACAGCCGUCUACAGGAACAGAUGUCGGCUAAAAGGUACUACCCGGCGCUGCGCACGCUGGAGCAGCUGGAGCAGACGUGUCUCCCCAGGGCGGGCCAGUACCGGUUCUGCUCCAUCAUGGCUGAGAACAUCCCCAAACUGAGGACCCACAUUCGGGACACGGCCAUGACCCAGCUCCGAGACUUCCUGGAGAGCAUCCGGAAGCACUCGGACAAGAUCGGAGAGACCGCCGUCAAGCAGGUUCCAGGAGCUCAGGAGUUGGUGGACUUUUCCCCGGUGUACCGCUGUCUGCACAUCUACACUGUUCUGGGUUUGCGUGAUGUGUUUGAGAACUACUACAGAAAGCAGAGGAGGAAACAGGCUCGCCUGGUGCUGCAGCCCCACUCUAACAUGCACGAGACUUUGGAGGGAUACCGGCGGUACUUCAAUCAGAUUGUUGGCUUCUUCGUCGUUGAGGAUCACGUCCUUCACACCACGCAGGGUUUGGUCAACAGAGCUUACGUGGAGGAGCUUUGGGAGCUGGCACUCUCCAAAAUAGUUGCUGCCCUGAGGACACACUCUUCGUACUGUGAUGACCCCAACCUGGUGCUGGAUCUGAAGAACCUCAUCGUGCUGUUUGCCGAUACGCUGCAGGGUUACGGAUUCCCGGUGUCCCAGCUGUUCGACAUGCUGUUGGAGAUGAGGGAGCAGUAUGGAGAGAUCCUGCUGAAGAGGUGGAACUUCACCUUCAGGCAGGUGUUGGAUCAGGACAACUACAGUCCAAUCCCAGUCUCUACGGAGGAGGAGUACCGCCACUACACUUCCCAGUUUCCCUUGCAAGAUCCUGAACUGGAGAAGCUUCCCUUCCCCAAGAAGCUUCCCUUCUCCGAGUUUGUGCCAAAAGUCUACUGUCAGCUGAAGGAGUUCAUUUAUGCCUGCCUGAAGUACUCCGAGGAUCUGCAUCUCAGCUCCACGGAGGUGGACGACAUGAUCCGCAAGUCCACAAAUCUGCUGCUGACCCGAACCCUCAGCAACUGCCUGCAGUACGCCAUAAAGAAGAAGAACGUCGGGCUGGCAGAGUUGGUGCAGGUGAUCAUCAACACCACCCACCUGGAGCAGAGCUGCCACUUCCUGGAGGAGUUCAUCUCCAACAUCACAAACGUUCCUCCAGACACGGUCAACGCCACCAAGCUGUACGGAACCUCCACUUUUAAGGACGCUCGUCAUGCGGCGGAGGCGGAGAUCUACACCAACCUCAACGCCAAGAUCGACCAGUUCCUGCAGCUGGCCGACUACGACUGGAUGGCAGCGCCCCCCGCUGGCGGGAGCCUGAGCGCCAGCGACUACCUGAUCGACCUGAUCGCCUUCCUGAAGAGCACCUUCAGCGUCUUCACCAACCUGCCCGGUAAAGUUGCGCAGACGGCCUGCAUGUCGGCCUGUAAGCACAUCUCCACCUCUCUGAUGGAGCUCCUGCUCAACCCGGAGGUCCGGCAGAUCUCCAUCGGAGCGCUGCACCAACUCAACGCCGACGUCAAGGAGUGUGAGAGUUUUGCCAGAGCCGGCCCGGUCGCAGGCUUCCAGGGUGACACGUUGCUUCUGGCCUUCAGUGACUUGAGACAAUUACUGGACCUGUUCACUCAGUGGGAUUGGUCGACGUAUCUGGUGGACUAUGGGAAACCCACUUGCAAAUACCUGAGAGUCAACCCACACACCUCACUGGCUCUCCUGGAGAAGAUGAAAGAGACGAGCAGGAAGAACAACGUCUUUGCCCAGUUCAGGAAGACGGACAGAGACAGACAGAAGCUCAUCGACACCAUCAUCAAACAGCUACGCAACCUCAUCACGCAGCAGCAGGCCUAAAGGGAGCCUCGUCACCGGACUGCCAAACCCGGUCCUCGAAAUCUACGACCCUGCUGGUUCCUCUAGCCCUUCAGGCUUUGACUCGUGGAUGUAAAACGGCAAAACUCAUUGGAUCCAGACUAAAAACAGAGAUGUGAUUGGGAUUUCUGGAAGAGGAGAGCAGUGGAAGAUGUCAGCGACCAGCCAGAUCGACCACACAUGCACCUUAACUUCAGAGGACCCAGUAAUGGAAGCAUCACUAAAGAACUUGUAUCUAUGAACUGGUCUUAAUAGUUUGGUCUGAAUAGUAGCUGUUUGAUCGUCUCCACUUAGCUGAACCAAUUAAUCAAAUAACUAAUGAAAAAAACAACAAGCAGAACACUCAACAUGAAGUGGUUCUAGCUGUCGUAUAUCUGCAGAGCUUUCAGACUAUUCAAGGAUCCGUCCAACAAACCGGAUCAAAAUCUUCUAAGCUUCUCUGUUGUUGAUGUUACCUGCUACUGAACCCGUCUUACUUUAAGAGCGUCUCAUAGGCUAGAAGUCUUCAGUCAUUGACCUCCUUCCAUCAUCAUCCAGUUUAGGUCAUCAUCACCCAUGGAAACUUUAUCGUCUUGUUCGUCAACAAAUAUGGUUGUCCUUA